UACUUGUCAACAAAAAAAAAGAAAUGCAAUAUAUGAAACCGGCGUUUCGAAACGCCACCUACUGCUUCACCUUCUCUCGCUCCUUCACCUUCACCUUAAACCCUAACCCCUUCAUCCUCCUUUCUCUCCCCGCUUCGCCAUUUCUCCGACUCCAAGCAUUCCCCUCCAUUUCCUCCUCCUCCUCCUCAAUGGCUGGCGUUGACGGCUCAUUGUCGGCGGCGCCACCGUCCCCUACCCAGUCUCUUGAGAAGCAGUUCGACGUGUUCAAGGCUCAGUUGGAGGAAUCAGGAACACUGCGAGAGCGGAUUCGACACGUUGUCUCAGAGAUCGAGUCUACUACAAGGGUCAUGUAUGCUAGCCUUCUUCUGGUUCACCAGUCUCGCCCCACUCCCGAGCUUUUAGAGAAGGCCAAGUCUCAGAUAGAUGUGCUGAAGGAGAAGUACAAGCAACUUGCUGAAAUUCUUGGAGAACACCCGGGACAAUACUAUAGGUACCAUGGUGAUUGGAGGAGUGAGACGCAGACUGUAGUUUCGCUGCUUACUUUAAUGCACUGGCUUGAAACAGGAAGCCUUCUCGAGCACAAUGACGCUCAGGAAAAACUUGGCUUGAAUGGUCCAGAGUUCAGUCUAGACAUUGAAGACUACCUAGUAGGUGUAUGUUUUAUGUCUAAUGAAUUGCCAAGGUAUGUGGUGAAUCAAGUGACAGCUGGGGACUAUGAUUGUCCAAGGAAGGUCUUAAAGUUCUUAACUGAUCUCCAUGCUGCAUUCCGUAUGCUUAAUCUUCGAAAUGAUUUUCUGCGGAAAAAGUUUGAUGGCAUGAAAUAUGACUUAAGAAAAGUAGAGGAAGUGUACUAUGAUGUUAAGAUCAGAGGUUUGUCAUCAAAUGGUGAGUCAGUUGGAGAUCAAGGAAUUGAAGGAUAAUCUUGAUUGUAAUAGCUGUAGACGCUCCAUAAUGUAGCUUUUGAGUAGAACUGCAUGGGCUUUUGUGCCUACCACUUAAUCAUACACACACUAAGAUGACUAACUCUUGAUAGUUAUGUGAGCUCAAAAGAAGUACAAGUCCCUGAGAAGUCAAUGCAUGUUAUCAUCAAUAUUCUUCUUUAUGUGAUACUUAAUUGGGAUGAUUUAUCAGGUGAAAUUUACUUCUCUGCACAGGAUUACACA